CGCGCGGCGCAUCCUGCGGGCGGCGGCGGUAGCGGCGGCGGGCGCGGCGCCGGCAGCCGGGCGCAAGAUGAUGAAGUUUCGGUUCCGGCGGCAGGGCGCCGACCCGCAGCGCGAGAAGCUCAAGCAGGAGCUCUUCGCCUUCAACAAGACUGUGGAGCAUGGCUUCCCCAACCAGCCCAGCGCCCUGGCCUUCGACCCCGAACUUCGCAUCAUGGCCAUUGGCACCAGGUCUGGCGCUGUCAAGAUCUAUGGUGCACCUGGUGUGGAGUUCACAGGCCUGCACCGGGAUGCAGCCACCGUCACACAGAUGCACUUCUUGCCCGGCCAGGGACGCCUCCUGACCCUGCUUGAUGAUAGCAGUCUGCAUCUGUGGGAGAUUGUCCACCAUAAUGGCUGUGCCCACCUGGAAGAGGCACUGAGCUUCCAGCUGCCCAGCCGGCCCGGCUUUGAUGGUGCCAGUGCACCGCCCAGCCUUACCCGAGUCACAGUGGUCCUGCUGGUGGCUGCCGGCGACAUAGCAGCCCUGGGCACUGAGGGCAGCAGUGUCUUCUUCCUGGAUGUUACCACCCUGACCCUGCUUGAGGGGCAGACGCUUGCCCCAGGCGAGGUUCUGCGCAGCGUGCCAGAUGACUACCGCUGCGGAAAGGCGCUGGGCCCUGUGGAGUCGCUGCAGGGACACCUGCGGGACCCCACGAAGAUUCUCAUUGGCUACAGCCGGGGCCUGCUAGUCAUCUGGAACCAGACCUCACAGUGUGCGGACCACGUCUUCCUGGGGAACCAGCAGCUGGAGAGCCUAUGCUGGGGGCGUGACAGCAGCACUGUCGUCAGCUCCCACAGCGAUGGCAGCUACGCUGUCUGGUCUGUGGAUACCGGCAGCUCCCCAGCGCUGCAGCCCACAGUGGCCACCACACCUUACGGCCCCUUUCCCUGCAAGGCCAUCAACAAGAUUCUGUGGCGGAACUGUGAAUCUGGGGGCCACUUUAUCAUCUUCAGUGGUGGCAUGCCCCGUGCCAGCUAUGGUGACCGCCACUGUGUGAGUGUGCUUCGAGCUGAGACAUUGGUGACGCUGGACUUCACCUCCCGCAUCAUCGACUUCUUCACUGUGCACAGCAUGCGGCCCGAGGAUGAAUUUGAUGACCCCCAGGCCCUGGCUGUGCUGCUGGAAGAGGAGCUGGUGGUGUUGGACCUGCAGACUCCUGGCUGGCCAGCCGUGCCUGCCCCAUACCUGGCCCCACUGCACUCGUCUGCAAUCACCUGCUCGGCCCAUGUGGCCAAUGUCCCCGCCAAGCUGUGGGCCCGCAUAGUGAGCGCUGGCGAGCAGCAGAGCCCCCAGCCUGUCUCCAGUGUCUUGAGCUGGCCCAUCACUGGGGGCCGGAACCUGGCCCAGGAGCCGUUGCAGCGAGGGCUGCUGCUGACCGGCCAUGAAGACGGCACUGUGAGGUUCUGGGAUGCCUCGGGUGUGGCACUGCGGCCACUCUAUAAGCUGAGCACAGCCGGCCUCUUCCAGACAGACUGUGAGCACGCUGACAGCCUGGCUCAGGCUGCCGAGGAUGACUGGCCACCCUUCCGCAAGGUGGGCUGCUUUGAUCCCUACAGUGAUGAUCCCCGGCUUGGUGUACAGAAGGUUGCUCUCUGCAAGUACACAGCCCAGAUGGUGGUGGCUGGCACUGCAGGCCAGGUGCUGUUACUGGAGCUCAGUGAUGUGCCGGCGGAGCGGGCGGUCAGCGUGGCCAUCGUGGACCUCCUCCAGGACCGUGAGGGCUUCACGUGGAAGGGCCAUGAGCGGCUGAGCCCACGCACGGGGCUGCUGCCUUGGCCUGCUGGCUUCCAGCCCCGUGUCCUGAUGCAGUGCCUGCCGCCAGCUGCUGUCACCGCUGUCACACUCCACACCGAGUGGAGCCUUGUGGCCUUUGGCACCAGUCAUGGCUUUGGCCUCUUUGAUUACCAGCGCAAGAGCCCUGUGCUAGCCAGGUGCACUCUUCACCCCAACGACUCCCUGGCCAUGGAGGGGCCGCUCUCCCGGGUGAAGUCUCUGAAGAAGUCGCUACGCCAGUCUUUCCGGCGCAUUCGCAAGAGCCGUGUCUCAGGCAAGAAGCGGGCUGCUAAUGCCAGCAGCAAGUUGCAGGAGGCCAACGCACAGCUGGCUGAGCAGGCCUGCCCCCACGACGUGGAGAUGACGCCUGUGCAGCGCCGCAUUGAGCCCCGCUCUGCCGAUGACUCCCUGUCAGGUGUCGUGCGUUGCCUAUACUUUGCUGACACAUUCCUUCGAGAUGGGGCCCACCAUGGGCCUACCAUGUGGGCUGGCACCAACUCGGGCUCUGUGUUCGCCUAUGCACUAGAGGUGCCAGCAGCAGCAGUGGGUGGUGAGAAGCGGCCUGAGCAAGCAGUGGAGGCCGUGCUGGGCAAGGAAGUGCAGCUGAUGCACCGGGCGCCUGUGGUGGCCAUCGCCGUGUUGGAUGGGCGUGGCCGCCCGCUGCCUGAGCCCUAUGAGGCCUCACGGGACCUGGCGCAGGCACCUGACAUGCAGGGUGGUCAUGCUGUGCUAAUCGCGUCUGAGGAGCAGUUCAAGGUCUUCACACUGCCCAAGGUGAGCGCCAAGACCAAGUUCAAGUUGACGGCCCAUGAGGGCUGUCGUGUGCGCAAGGUGGCAUUGGCCACGUUUGCCAGUGUGGCCUGCGAGGACUAUGCUGAGACCUGCCUGGCCUGCCUCACCAACCUGGGCGAUGUCCACGUCUUCUCGGUGCCUGGCCUGCGGCCCCAGGUGCACUACUCCUGCAUCCGGAAGGAGGACAUCAGUGGCAUCGCCUCGUGCAUCUUCACGCGCCAUGGCCAGGGCUUUUACCUGAUAUCCCCAUCAGAAUUUGAACGCUUCUCCCUAAGUGCCCGGAACAUCACAGAACCACUCUGCUCUCUGGACAUUAACUGGCCCCGUGAUGCCACCCAGGCCAGGCUCCAAGAGUCACCCAAGCUGAGCCAGGCUAACGGGACCCCAAGCAUCCUGCUGGCCCCACAGAGCCUUGAUGGAAGCCCUGAUCUAGCCCACAGCAAGGGAUCUGACACCCCAGAGCCACCUGAGGCCGCACUCUCGCCCAUGUCCAUCGACUCGGCCACCAGUGCUGACACCACGCUGGACACAACAGGGGACGUCACAGUAGAAGAUGUGAAGGAUUUCCUGGGCUCCUCCGAGGAGUCUGAGAAGAACCUGAGGAACCUGGCAGAAGAUGAGGCCCGUGCCUGUGCCAUCCUGAUCAAAUGAGGAAGGCCAGAACUAUCCCGACCUCCACCUGCCCUGCUCGGAGCUGGAGUGCUGGAUCCCUGGCACCUUCCUGGCCCCUUAACAUAGAACCACACCUGCUAACCUGUAGGCUCCACUGGACUGCUGUCCUGUCCCUCGUGACCCGGGGCCCUGGAGCAGCACCAGUGCCAGGGUAUGGGCCUGGGACUUGGCCCAGAGCCUCUGGGGCCAGAACUGAGUCCUCCUGCAGGCAUCUGGCUGCCCUGGGGGGGCCACUGCCUAGGGAAAAGGACAGGUGGGGCCUAGCACCUCAUCCCACCUCGCACCUCAUCCCACCUCGCACUCCACACACCGUCCUUCCCCCUCACUUUGCAAAGAGUAUUUUUCUAGCACCUGGGCUGGACAGUUGUUUCUAAAACUAUUUUGGUACUUGCUCCUGGGCCAGUCCCCAGCUUGUCGUGUGUGUGUGUGUGUGUGUGUGUGUGUGUGUGCGUGCGUGCGUGCGUGCAUGUGACUGGGAGCUCUGCUGGGCACCCCAGUCAGAUGUGUGUGUAGGGGGGUGGGGGGCCAAGAUGAGUUUCCCUGUAGAUUGUACCUUGGGUUUUUUUUUCUGUCAUUUUGUUAAAAUUAGUGUCAUUUUAAUAUUAAAAAUACUGAUUUUUAAUAUUGAAAA